CAGGGGGAGGACUGAGCGAGGGAGGGCAGUACAACCUAAAACACCAUGUCUCGAAGAUAUGAUUCCCGAACUACAAUCUUCUCUCCAGAAGGCCGCCUGUAUCAGGUUGAAUAUGCUAUGGAAGCCAUUGGACAUGCAGGCACCUGCCUAGGAAUUCUAGCAAACGAUGGAGUAUUGCUAGCAGCAGAAAGGCGCAACAUCCAUAAACUUCUGGAUGAAGUCUUUUUUUCAGAGAAAAUAUAUAAGCUCAAUGAAGAUAUGGCUUGCAGUGUGGCUGGCAUAACGUCAGAUGCCAAUGUGCUAACAAAUGAACUGAGGCUGAUUGCACAAAGGUACCUGUUACAGUACCAAGAGCCAAUUCCUUGUGAGCAGUUGGUAACAGCCCUAUGUGAUAUCAAGCAAGCUUACACGCAGUUUGGCGGAAAACGUCCUUUUGGUGUUUCAUUGCUGUAUAUCGGCUGGGAUAAGCAUUAUGGGUUCCAACUGUAUCAGAGUGAUCCUAGUGGAAACUAUGGUGGAUGGAAAGCUACAUGCAUUGGGAACAAUAGUGCUGCAGCUGUGUCAAUGUUAAAGCAAGACUACAAAGAGGGAGAAAUGACCUUGAAAUCUGCACUUGCUUUAGCUGUCAAAGUCCUGAACAAAACCAUGGAUGUUAGUAAACUCUCUGCAGAGAAAGUUGAGAUUGCAACCCUGACAAGAGAGAACGGAAAGACAGUAAUAAGAGUGUUAAAGCAAAAAGAAGUGGAAGUGUUGAUAAAGAAGCAUGAAGAGGAAGAAGCCAAAGCAGAGCGUGAAAAGAAAGAAAAAGAGCAAAAAGAGAAAGAUAAAUAAAUCAAGCACCUUGAAGGUCAGGGAGGGGGCAUCUCUAUAAACUAAGACCUCAUUGUUGGUGUGAAGGAUCCAGGAAUGCUGUUUAUUGAAUCAGUUCCUCUGUUCCACCUUGGUUCUUUCCAUCUUUAUUUCUUUUUUAUUACAUAAUAAAAGUUUUUAAAUGGUA